AUGUCAAAAUACGAGCUCGCGCUUGAGCGCAUCGACCAAGCGCACAGCGACGACCCCAACCAGAUCGAGUCCAACAACACGACAACUCCCUACGAGCUGCACUACGCCCGCAAAAUGACCUUCUAUCUCGAACGCAUCAACCCCGCCGCCUCCGAUCUCCUCCGCCUCGCCAUCCGCGCCCAGCACUUGCGCCGCUGGGAAGUCCCGCGGAGCUCCUACCCCGCUACCAAAAUCGGGUACCACUCAUGGCGCUCCGGGCUGCAAAAACGACAAGCCGAGCUCGUCGAACAAAUGUGUCUGGAGAGUGGGUACAGUGCCGAGGAGGCAGCUCGGGUGGGCGCAAUGGUGCGCAAGGCGGAUCUCAAGCGCGGGGACCCGGAUACGCAGACGCUGGAGGAUGUGGCAUGUUUGGUUUUCCUGGAUGAUCAGUUUGACAAAUUUGAGAAGGAACUUGGGGAUGAGGAUAAGAUGAUUGAUAUCUUGCGCAAAACGUGGGGGAAGAUGUCGGAGGCCGGGCAUGCUGAGGCUUUGAAACUUGAUUUGUCGGAGCGAGCGACGGCUUUGGUGACGCGGGCUUUGGCCGGUUAA